AUGACCGAAAUCGAACCCAUGAUGCUAUUGGGCCCACCGAGCCUUUCUAGCGAGCAGAGCGCACCCGUGGCAGGACACGGGUCGGUGACCAAAGAGCACAUUGGCGGUCCCGAAAUACACCCAAAGAAAGAACGAAGAAAUCCACAACAACAACAACCAUCAGACACUCGAAAUGAGAGCAAGGGGGGGGAUGCAAAGGAAAGGUGCGGAGGGGAGGGUGGGAGGAAGCUUGCUACGGGAGGUGAAGACAGCGGCUCUGACUCCGAUGACCAAGGGAGUUCUAAAUCGGAAGAAUACGGCAAAGAGCACAGGGUCUCCAUGGCAGGAAUGAAGAUUUUCGGACGGCAGAAGCCGAAAGGGUCUGUUCAUCCCACGGGGGCGACCAGGGAAGAAGAAUGCGAUGGGACAUCCAAGACUUCGGCCAGCGCGACGAAACGCUUUGUCGAGCAAGCUAAUCGUCUCAUGAGUUACCCUGGAAGACUCCUCAAGGUCAGACGUGGGAACAAGGCUGAGGGAUCCGCUGCCUCACAGGAUAAAGGACCAGGCCCAGGUUGA